AUGAUUGAAGAAUCCGGUGUGUUUGAGUCUGGCUUGCGAACCGCUGACAGCCGCGCGAUGGCUGCACGAACGGGUAAAUCCUCCACAACAGACGACACAGGUUUACCCCCAGAAGAAGGCUUUCAAGGGUGGUCCUGUGUCGGCGGCGCCUUUCUCGGCCUCUUCUGUACAUUUGGAUUCCUCAAUGCCAUCGGCGUAUUCCAAACUAUCUAUCAAAAGACCACACUCGCCAGUUACUCUUCAUCAGCCAUAUCCUGGAUCUUCGCCGUCCAAAUAUGCUUGAUGUGGGCCUUAGGCCCGCUCUACGGCCGCAUCCUGGAUACCUACGGCCCGGCCCCAGUCCUCUACCCCUGCAGCGUCCUCUGCGUCUUCUCGCUCUGCAUGACCAGCCUUACGGACAAGUACUAUCAAAUAUUCCUAGCGCAGGGCCUGGGCUUCGGCAUCGGCGCGGGUGGAGUGUUUACGUCGGCGAUGGUAUGUGUUGGACAGUGGUUUGGGCGGAGACGCGGGUUGGCACUUGGGAUUUCGAGUUGUGGUGCUAGUGUGGGCGGCGUUGUGUUUCCUGUGUUUUUUGACAGGAUUAUCCAGAUUGAGAGUGUGGGCUUUUAUGGGGCUAUCAGGUAUACGGCGUUGUUGGUGGGUGUGCUCCUGGCAGGGGCUUGUUGGUUGAUUAAAUCAAGGUUGCCCAGGAAGAAGUGGAAUCGGGAGGUGGCUUGGUUUGAUGCGAAGUUGUUUAAGGAGAAGCAAUUUGCGUUUUAUACUUUUGGGUCGUAUAUGGUUAUGUUCGUCUCGCUCUUUUUCUAUUCUGAUAUCCUGGAUCUGGGGGUUGGGAAACACGAGGAAAGAGUGACAAAAAAAAGCAAGAUUUUGCGGCUGACGCUUUUGCACAGGUGGGGUCUUUGGGGACCGUUUGAUUUCCUUUCCAGCAUGGCUGAAGCUAAAGGGUUCUCGUCGAAUCUGGCCCUGUAUUUGAUAUCGAUCAUCAAGCCUGAGCUGUCGUCCAUCAUUGUUUGUGAAAGAUCUUCGCUCAUCAACUUGUUUAGUGCGACUUCCAUCUUUGGUCGGAUCAUCCCAGCACACGUCGCCGAUCAUAUCGGCCAUUUCAACGUGUUUACCACCUGCUCGCUGUUUACUGGAGGCUCCAUGCUUUGUCUCUGGCUUCCAUUCAACUACCACCCCUCCCAUGCAGGGAUCAUUGUGUUCGCGCUCGUGUACGGCUUCGUCAGCGGUGCAGUGGUAUCUUUGGUCAUGCCAUGUGUAGCAAAGACUGGGAGUCUAGACACACUCGGCCAGCGAUUUGGAACGUUCCAAAUAGUGAUAUCAGUCAGGUAG